AGGAAUACCUUUUCAAUUUCCAAGUCUCUCUCUCUUCUGUCUUCUCUUUCUCUCUCUCUUAGAAUGGCCGUCAAAGCCGUUCAUGUCUCCGACAUCCCUAAUCUAUACCAGAUUUCGGAAUCCUCUUUUCCAAUCUACACCGCCCGCUUUUCAUCCGGCGUGGAUGCGGGAACGAAGAAGAAGAACGAAAACGAUGAUUUAAAGUUCUUAGUGAUUGGGCAUAGAGGAAACGGCAUGAACAUGUUACAAUCAUCAGAUCAAAGAAUGAAGGCCAUUAAAGAGAACUCCAUCCUUUCUUUCAACGCCGCCGGCGAAUAUCCGGUCGAUUUUGUCGAGUUUGACGUUCAGGUAACCAAAGAUGGAUGUCCCAUUGUUUUUCAUGACGACGUCAUCCUCUCCCAAGAAAAUGGGACAAUAUAUGAAAGAAGAGUUACAGAUUUAACUCUUUCUGAAUUUCUUGGCUACGGCCCACAAAGAGAAUCAAUUAACCUUAAUGGUAAGUCUCUUUUAAGGAAGACAAAAGACGGCAGAAUCCUAAAUUGGGAUGUCGAAUCCGAUGAUUCUCUCUGCAUCCUUCGGGAUGUUUUCACAACAGUCAAGAAUCCCGAUUUGGGUUUCAAUAUCGAGUUGAAAUUCGACGAUCACAUUGUUUAUAAACAAGAAGAUCUCAUUCACUCCCUUCAAUCUACUCUAAAGGUUGUGUUUGAGCAAGCCGGAGAAAGACCGGUUAUUUUCUCCACAUUCCAACCGGACGCCGCCCUGCUUAUGAGAAAACUACAGACCACUUAUCCUGUAUAUUUUCUGACAAAUGGAGGAACAGAGAUAUACUAUGAUGUUCGGAGAAAUUCAUUGGAGGAAGCAAUGAAGGUCUGUGAGGAAGGUGGGCUGCAAGGAAUUGUGUCGGAGGUGAGAGGCGUUUUCAGAAAUCCGGCGGCUGUUGUCAAGAUCAAGAAUUCCGGUCUAUCUCUCCUCACCUACGGCAAACUAAAUAAUGUGCCGGAAGCAGUGUAUUUACAACAUCUGAUGGGGGUUGAAGGAGUGAUUGUGGAUCUAGUGAGAGAAAUAACGGAGGCAGUGUCAAAGAUGAUAAAGCAUCCGCAGCCAUUAGAGAAGGGAGGAGAAGGUGAAGAUGAUGAAGAUGAUGGGGUUUUGGAAGUGAAGGGAAAGCCUCAGUUCUCAGAAAGGGAAUUGUCAUUUCUUCUUAAGCUUAUACCAGAGCUUAUUCAGCUAUGAUUAUUAAGGAGAUUAAUUAAUUAAAACAAAUAUUAUA